AUGGUAUUCCAACUACCUCCACUAUCUACACAGUUGAGACUCCAGAAGUUGAAGGUACUACUACUACUUACACACCAUGGACGGUACAUACACUUCCACUAUUGUACCAGUGUUACCACCAGUGUUGGUUCAGAUGGUAUUACAACCACCUCUACUAUCUACACAGUUGAGACUCCAGAAGUUGAAGGCACUAUACUACUUACACACCAUGGACCGGUACAUACACUUCCACUAUUGGUACCAUGUUACCACCAGUGUUGGUUCAGAUGGUAUUCCAACUACUUCCCCAUCUACACAGUUGAGACUCCAGAAGUUGAAGGUACUACUACCACUUACACACCAUGGACCGGUACAUACACUUCCACUAUUGUACAGUGUUACCACCAGUGUUGGUUCAGAUGGUAUUACACCACCUCUACUAUCUACCAGUUGAGACUCCAGAAGUUGAAGGUACUACUACUACCUACACACCAUGGACCGGUUACAUACACAUCUACUAUUGGUACCAGUGUUACCACAGUGUUGGUGCAGAUGGUAUUACAACCACCUCUACUAUCUACACAGUUGAGACUCCAGAAGUUGAAGGCACUACUACUACUUACACACCAUGGACCGGUACAUACACUUCCACUAUUGGUACCAGUGUUACCACCAGUGUUGGUUCAGAUGGUAUUCCAACUACUUCCACCAUCUACACAGUUGAGACUCCAGAAGUUGAAGGUACUACUACCACUUACACACCAUGGACCGGUACAUACACUUCCACUAUUGGUACCAGUGUUACCACCAGUGUUGGUUCAGAUGGUAUUCCAACACCUCUACUAUCUACACAGUUGA